AUGCAUCCUCCAUCCUCCUACUUCCCUCCACCAUCUGACAACCUUCAAUCCCUCCCUAUUUACGCAAUCCUGACUGCUCCCUUUCCAUCCUCCCUACUUCCCUCUCCGCUCUCUUCUCCCCUUCAAUUCCCCAUCCUCCCUCAAAUCUGUUCUCCAUCCCCUUCAGAUCUCCUCCAUACCUCCCUCCUGAUCGUCCUACUUCCCCUCAAUCCUGCCCUACUUCCCCCUCUAUCCUCCCCUUCCAUUCCUCCUAACCUACACUCCAUCCUGACCAUUUCCUCCAUCCUCCCACUUUCCCCUCUCAUUUCUACAUCCCUCCCCUCCAUCCUCCUACUUCCAUCCGUCUGUUUAUCCCUCCGUCCUCCCUACUUCUCCAUCCCCCUCGUUCUACUUCCAUCCUCAAUUUCCCUACCAUCCUUACUUUCCCCUCAAAUCCUCCUACUUCCUCCAUCCUCCCCUACCAUCCCCUCCAUCCUCCUCCUUCCCAUUCCCCUCCCUCCUACUUCCCCCUCCAUCCUCCCUACUUUCCCCUCCAUCCUCCCUGCUCCCCCUCCAUCCCUCCCUACUUCCCCUCCAUCCUCCCUCCUCCCCCCUCCAUCCUCCCUACUUCCCCCUCCAUCCUCCCUACUUCCCCUCCAUACUUUCCCCCUCCAUCCUCCCUACUUCCCUGCCCUUCAUCCCUCCUUCCUCCAUUCUCCCUACUUCCCCUCCAAAUCCUCCCUACUUCCCCUCCAUCCUCCUACUUCCCCUCUCCCUCCUUCCCUACUUUUCCCGUUCUCCUCCUCCCUCCAUCCUCCCUCCAUCCCUCCCUCCUUCCUCCCUCCUUCCAUCCUCACUUCCAUCCUCCUCCUCCUCAUUCCUCCUACCUCCUAUCAUCCCUCCUACAUCCCUCCAUCCUCCCUACUUCCCUCCAUCCUCCCUCCUCCAUCCUAUUUCCCUACAUUCCCUCCAUCCCUCCUACUUCCCCUCCAUCCUCCCUACUCCCCAUCCUCCCUACUCCCCUCCAUCCCUCCUACUUCCCCUCCAUCCUCCCUACUUCCCCUUCCAUCCUCCUAUUUCCCCUCCAUCCUCCCUACUUCCUCUCCAUCCUCCCUACUUCCCCUCCAUCCUCCCUACUUUCCCUCCAUCCUCCUACUUCCUCCAUCCUCCCUACUCCCCCUCCAUUCUCCCUACUCCCCCUCCAUCCUCCCUACUUCCCUCCAUUCUCCUACUUCCCCUCCAUCCUCCCUACUUCCCUCCAUCCUCCCUACUUCCCUCCAUCCUCCUUCUUCCCUCCAUCCUCCCUACUUCCCCUCCAUCCUCCCUACUUCCCUCCAUCCUCCUAUUUCCCCUCCAUCCUCCUACUUCCUCCCUCCAUCCUCCCUACUUCCCCUCCAUCCUCCCUACUUCCCCUCCAUCCUCCCUACUUCCCCUCCAUCCAUCCCUACUUCCCUCCAUCCUCCCUACUUCCCCUCCCUCUUCUGCCCUAUGUCCUCCUAA